AUGAUUUUACGAUUGCGUGAUCUUUUAGGUAUUGCAAUAUUAAAAUCAAAGUUUCAGGUAGAGCCAGAUGUCGUUAUUAUACUUUUAGGGAAUAAAACGGGUUUAACUAUUGAAAAUCAUGAAUUAACAAAAGUAAGUGCUGAGCAAGCUAGAGAAUGUACAAGAGCUGAAUAUUUAUUGUUUGCUAAAGUAUCUGCUGCUACUUCUACUAUGCUGAAUGGAGUUUCGAUAAGUUUUUAA